GGCAGAGGACGACGUUGCGAGGACGUCGCAAAUGCCGACAAAGGCGUGCAUGGACAAAAACAAAAAUAAAAGCCGGCAAGCCGCACACAAAGAGGACAGAGUGCGCCAGCUGUCCAACUGAGAGAGCGAGAGAGUGAGCGAAUGUGUGGCGAAGGAAAGGAGCUGAAAGAGAGUUCGCUCACUGGAAGCAGCAUACGAUAUGCUAGCAGCAUUACGUUCCGUUGGCUGCCAUCGUUCCGUUAGUUUGCGAGCGUUUGUCGUUGGCAUCGGACGUGCGUCGUGUUUAGUCGAAAGCAAUACGGUAAAUUGUUACGUUUAAAACGGUACAGCGCGUGCAUGCUGCAAUUUUUACGAAUCAUUUUUUAUAUGCGCUCUAAGCUAAUUGCGAGUCAAAGAAAAAACGGUUGACAGCUCUGUAGCAUUUGGCGCUGUGCCCGCGAGAAACUCAUUAAAAAGUUCGACGCUUGACAUGUUAAAUAUGCACAAUAAACACGCGGCACAACAAGGCAAACAUAAUUAAUUGCCCGCCCGGCCGUCUCUGUCUGUCAGUCUCCAUCUCUCUAUAUUUCCCUCUGUGUGUGUGUGCGUGUGUUCGAGUGUUAAAUAAAAAUCAAAAUUAAUUGCAUUUCAAGCAUAUUUAAAUACGCAUUAAGCGUCGCAUAAACGUUGAAGAGCUCAACGAGUUUGCGGUUUCAAUUGUGAGUAAACAGCGAACAGCUACAACAACUACAACAACAACAGGAACAACUGUCGUCGCUGCUGCUUGUUGUGCGCGCAAUUUCCGGUUUCCGUUUCCGCCGCGCGACAUUCGCGUCCGCUGCAAAAAGUUCUGCCAAAAGUCGCCGCUGCCCACCAAAUUUGUCAGCAGCAGCAACAAGCAUAAAAAAAGUGUUAAAUCGCCGCAGAUCGCCAGUGUUGCCUGACCAGAAAAAAAAGGUGCUGCAUCUUUCAGGCUCCAAAAAAAAAUAUAAAUAUAUUCAUAAGAGCAGCUUAAAGCGCCGCCAACUGGCCUGCAGCUGCAGCGUUGCCAAUUUUCGCUAAAGCGCAGUUUUAGUAUUGUUAGUAUACAACAAAUAUUUGCCAAAAAAAUACUAGUUGACGAUUUAAUAAAUACCAGCAUAAAAAAAGUGUUGCCCACUUGGCGGCUGCUCGUUAAAUUUUCGCAAUAACAACAACAAAUUCAACAAGGUGGACGCUCAACUGGAUCAAAGCAAAAACACAUCUAAGCAGACUUUUACACAUGUGCCAGUGAGUGGCCCAAAGCGCAUCGGCAAGGAAAAUACAUCCAACAUCAUUUGGAGAAGUGAUGAAGUCAUGAGACCGACAUUCGAUCGACGCCUCUGGAUAUUAUUGUUCAUUAUUUUAGUACAAUGCACCACCUACACACAACAACAAAAUAUCAAUGCAAAGUCACAAUUGAAGACGACGCCCGCCGAGCACGCAGCCAGCAAAUGGCGCAGCAUAUCAGAGCAGACGCCGCCGCCGCCACCGUCGUCGGCGCAGAGUUUAUUCGAACUCGAAGCGAAUAUACAGAGAUUGCCGCAGCUGGCAGUUGACCACCGGCAGGUGGGCAUUCACAAUAGUAAACCCUCCAAAUGUGCCAAGAACUGUGCCAAGGCCAAGGCAAAGGUGGCCAAAUGGAAGGCGCAGCUGAGGAGCCACCGUGUGCAUCAGGCGCAUCGAGCAGCGCCACACAAGGAGGCCACGCGACGAUUGCGUCGGGAGACAGAGGAAGAGGAGCUGGAACUGCCUACAGCAAUGUCCAGUGCCACCACGGUGGCCACCAGUGCCGCAGUCACGAGCUAUGCAAAUAGAUCGCUCGCUGGACUGUUGACCACCAUGAAGGCGAAACGCGCACGCUCCACGGUGAUCCUGGCGCCGGAGGAUAUGAAGCCUAAGCCCAAGGAGCCCGUCAUUAUUAUCGAUGAUGUGGAGGAGUUUGAUAGCGGCACCGCCACGCGCGAUCUGUUCGCAAAGAGUCGCGAUGUGGCGGAUCUAAUGGAUGAUGAUGGGCCGCUUGAGGGUCCGCGGGCGCUGCCUCUGCGCCCAGUGCCGCCCAAUCCCUACGAGGACGAGGAGAUGUCUGUGGUCUAUGCGGAACAGCACUCAGAGAUCAGGCUGAUGUGCGAGGUGGACCUGGAUAUAUCCUCCAGCAUGUGGUACAAAAAUGGCCAGGAGGUGCAUGCCAUGGACCGGACGACACGCGUUACCGACUAUCGCUUUAUCAAGGAGGCUAAUGGUGCGCUAACCAUCACCAAUGUCAUGCUCGAGGAUGAUGGCAAAUGGCAGUGCGAGGCGGAGAAUACGCGACGCUAUACCGAAAAUGCUCGACCCGUCAAGCUGGUCGUCCUGGAUCGUCCCAAGCCGCCUUAUUUGCUUAUUGACUCGCGUCGCCUGGAUGCUGGCAACAUUUUUGUGCCCGUCAAAGAAAACUCGGAGCUAAACUUGGCCUGCGUCAGCGAGGGUGGCAAUCCGCGGCCCACGCUCACCUGGGAGGUGCUGCUCAGUCCAGGCGUAGAUCGUCAUGCCCAGAAGGUAUCCGCCGAGGUGCUAGAGUUGGAGGAAAUCAAAAACGAGAAGCAGGAUAAGAACGGUUACAAAAUCAACAGCGGUGCCAAGAGCGAGGCCCGUCUGCCCGCCGUCUAUAGGGCGCAUCAUAAUGCGAGGAUUUUAUGUGUCAUGGAACAUCCCACGCUGAAGAUACGACAGAAUGCCUCCCUACUCCUCGAUGUGCAGUAUACGCCCUCAUUUGCCAUCUCGCGCACACCUGGCUUUGGUUAUCCGCUGCGCGAGGGCAUCGAAGUUAGCCUCAAGUGCGAUGUCGACUCGAAUCCUCCGAGCACGCCGCGCUGGCAGAAGGACGACGGUGACACGCCGGUGCCGCAAACGGGCGACGGCUUCCUCAACUUUACAUCCAUUAGACGGGAGCAUUCCGGCUGGUAUAAGUGCACAUCACGGCAUCUCAACUUUCAAUACUCCUCGAUUGGCUAUUACCUCAGCGUGCGCUAUGACUCGGUGGAUGUCACUUCGGAACCGGAUGAUCAGGAUGUCUCAGUGGCGGCUGCCUCUCAUAAUCCGAACAAGGGGCAACUCGAGGUGCAGCUGGGCGGCGCCGUCACACUGCAGUGUCCGCAAGGCUCCCUGGGCUGCUGGUCACACUUGGAUCCAGUUUCAGCACGUCUGCGCGGCCUUGGCUACGGCAGCUCUUUGCCGACGGGCCAAUUCUCACUCAAAGACGUCAUGUACCAGGAUGCGGGCACCUACAAGUGCGUGGGCCAACCUCUCGCCAACAAGAAGAAGCUCGAAGUGCUUCAAAGUGUCAUCGUUUCCGUCAAGGGUGCGCCCACAGUAGUUGCCUUGAAUGCCACGCCUGUUGCGUAUCCGGGCUCACCCUUGCACCUCAAUGUGGAGUUCUGUGCCAAUCCGCCGGCGCAUGCGGCACGCUGGUUGCACGGCGAUCGCGUCUUCACGCCGGGCAAUCAAUAUGGCAGCACCGUACUGGCCUACGCGGUCAAGGAUCUGCCCACGCCCUACUGCAAGGAGGCGCGCCUGACCUAUGUCAGCAUGCACGAGCGUGUGCCGCGCACUUUCUACUUUAUCGUCUCGUCGCCAGGUGGCGUUGCCGAGGCCGUGUUCAAUGUCAACUUUACGAAGCGCCACCGCCAGAUGUCCAACACCAUCGACGACGACGAGGAGGAGGAACUCAAUCGACCCGAGCAAAUACACUUUCCGGUCUUCAGCAAUAACACUGCGAGCGGGCGGAGCUUGGAGCUGGCCCUGGCAUUUACUCUCCUGGGCGCAACGCUGUUGCAUUCUCAUUAACUUUAAGAGUAUGAGUGAAAAAGUUAAAAGGCGCUACAGAGAGCGAGAGAGUCCGAGUAUGUGUGAGCGUGUGAAUGAGAGAGAGAGAGAAUGAGAGAAUGCUGACUAUUUACUCAUGCAAUUUAUUAUGCUAUGUACUACAUACUACCCACUAUUUCUAAGCGCAUAUAAACAUAUAUAUCCACUAUAUAUAACAUAUGUACUACUAUAUGCUAUUGCCCACAACUACUACUACUACUACUCUAAAGCUAUGUGUAUGUGUACUUGUAACCAAUUAGCAAAAGCAUUAAAACGAAAUUAUGCCACUUUAAAACCUAAGCUAAAACCCCCACGACCCUCCCCCUAAGGACUAAUUCACACACAUUUAGUAGGCAUCUAAGUUGGCAACUUGAACUUUUUAGCUAAGCAUUAGCCACAUCCCCAACUAAAAAACUCAUACUCAAUAUUUUUACUGUAGUCGUAAGUACGUAACUGUAACUGUAACUGUGUGUGUACGUGUGUAGUACUUAGUAGCAGCGCUUACCUUGAAUGCCAAAUAGAAGAAAAAUUAAAUUUAAGUAAAAUAUUAACACGAAAGUAAAUUUUUGCGUUUACCUAUUGUUAAAAGUUGAGCCAUACAUAAUUAUUGUACUUUAAGUUCCUUUUCGAAAAAUAAGCGAGUAACUUGCAAAGUGACUGAUUUUUGUUAAAUAUUUUGAGGCAAUUAGUGUUAGAGUGAAGCAGAAAGAGAGUGCUUAAAAAAAGAAAGUUAAAUACUAUACUUUAAUGUAAAUGAAAAGCAAGUAACUUACCAAGCACGAACAAAUUCCUUCCAUUUGAAUUUUUGCGCAUUCGAAUAGGCAAAAUAUAAGUAUAUAAACAAGCUGUAAAAUAUUUUGAGAGUUAAAGAGAGCAAAAUUUAUAUAUAAAUCAAUUAAAAUCUUGAGAAAUUAUUAAAAAAUA